CUCCGCCCCGCGCGGCGCGCGCUCCAGACUCACCUGGACGCGCGAGGAGUGGGAUCGGUAUCGGUACCGGCACCAACCGCACCUCUUAUCCACCGCACAUCGCACCGUACAGUGCCGCAGGCAAAAUGUGCGACAAACCAGACCUCUCGGAGGUGGAGAAAUUCGACAAGAAGAAGCUGAAGAAAACCAACACGGAGGAGAAGAACACGCUGCCCUCCAAGGAGACUAUUGAGCAGGAGAAGGAAUGUGUGAAGUCUUCCUAGAGAGAGAUUGCCUGGCAGGAGGAGCAACUACUCAAUUAUUUUGCUUUGAAAUGAAUCAUGUGGGUUUUUUUAAAUUUACAUCACAUACAUGUAUAGAAAACAGCUGUAUCACCUAACACACUGUCCCACUUUGCUGGCAGCUUUGGCAGGUGGGGGGACAAAGUGUGGUCCUCUCAGUCCAUCAGUAGCCUGACCUGAUGCCAUCUCUGCUGCUCAGCUGCCUCCUGUGACAGCACUGAUCUUGCUCUGAUGCAGUGGGAAGAUGAGCAAGGGCCAUGGAGGCUUCUGGGCAUUGACCCCUUCUGCCUGGGGGAGUGGGGAACCUUUCUGGCCUCACCUCCGGCCUGGGUCUGUCUUGCAUAUUUCUUCACUGACAGUGUUCUGUAGCCUCACUCACAGUUUUUUGUCUUCCUUGGGGAAAAAUAAGAAGUUUAUUAUAAAAUAAAAAAUUGUAAUGAUCUA